CAGUCUUGGAUCACCAGAUAGUUGAAGCCUCAAAGAGUCACAAGCAGGUUGGUUAAAAGUUCUGAGUGGCAGCCAGAUGUCUGAAAACCUCGAUACCAAAUUGUUAUCCAAAUUUCUGGAUCAGUUGGAAAAGAUGAUAAACUCACGAAAGGAAAUGACAAGCUGGCUUGAGGAAUUUAUUGACGACAUCAAGAAUCAAGAAAUAGCAAUAAACAGUGCCAAGACUGGUGGAGCGGUGCUGGGUGUGGUAUCUUUUGUUGGCCUCUUCACUCCAUUUGCACCCCUUGCUAUUGCUGGUAUUAUUGGAGCCGGAGUCGCUGGUGUGGGUACUGCGAUUGGUGACUUAAUUGCCAAUAAGGUGAAAGGAGGAAAUCUUGAAGCAAAAGUAGAAACCAUGAAAGCCCAAAACUCUGAGUUGGAAAAUUUGCAAAAGGAGCUCAAUGCACAAGCUGAAAUACUUGCAAAGAGACUGGAUAUUCCCAAAGACGAUGCAAUCCUUUUCCUUUUGGUUGGUGUUCCAAAAAUGGCUGCUCAAGUUGGCGUUCAAGUCGUGAAAGGUACUGUCGAAAUCGCCAGAAUUCUUCCACACUUAAAUGCCAUAAAAGAAACCAUGAAACUGGGGGCCUCGUUUACUCAAGCGUUGAAGCUGAGUGGCACAGUGUAUCAAGGUGGUAGAUUAACAGUUGUAGGAGGCAUAGAAGGUGGAGUAGUGGCAGGCACAACACUGGUAGUCAACACAGCAACGAAGGUCCUUGGUGGUUUAGGGGCCGUGAUUGGGAUUGCUGAUGCCAUUCAUAGCUGGAUGAGCAAAAAUCCGAACCGAAAAUCAGCUGAGGAUUUGCUGCCACAGUUAGAAGAAAACUUGGAGUCCCUAAAAGAAGCCAAGGUGAAGUUUGAAGAAAUGAAGAAAAUGUGACACUUAAGCAUACAGUCUAAUGUUGUGUUUAAACCAAACAAUUUCGAGUAGUAACAAUCAAGAAAAUAUUCUCUUGUGACUAUAUGUUUAGGCUCCUAAUUAGCCGUGUGACCUUUCUCUUUUUUUAUUUUUAUGAUAACCGCGAGCCUCUUCGACUCUACGAGGAGAUCAUUUAUUGUUAGCGUAGCGUGACAU